AUGGAGAGGAACCAGACACCCCCACCUCCCACAUCACCCACUCCAGAGCCUAAUGAUGAUGACCCAUGCAGGCUAGAGGUCACAGAUGUGGCCAUAGAUGGUGUCACCCUGCUCAUCUGCCUCUGUGGGCUGCUGGGCAACGGGGCUGUCCUCUGGCUCCUUGGCUGCCACAUCAAGAGGAACCCCAUCACCACCUACAUCCUCAACCUGGCCGUUGCUGACUUCACCUUCCUCCUCUUCACGGUCAUCUCCUCCAUCCUCUACAUGAUUGAGAACAUCUCCUGCUCCACUGCUGUGUCCCUGACAUACAUGAGGUCACUUUUCCUGCUCUCUCUGUUCUCCUACAACAUGGGCCUGUACCUGCUGACAGCCAUCAGCAUCGAGAGGUGUGUCUCCAUCCUCUGCCCGCUCUGGUACCGCUGCCGCCGUCCCCACUGCUUGUCAGCCCUGAUGUGUGUCCUGCUCUGGGCUCUCUCCAUCACUGUCAUUGCUGUGGUGACUUCUCUGUGCCUGCUGCAUGAUCAUGAGGUCUGCCAGGUGGCUCUCAUCUCCAUGUAUGCCCUCAGCUUCCUCAUCUUUGCACCACCCAUGGUCAUUUCCAAUAUGAUCCUCUUCAUUAAGGUCCUGUGUGGCUCCAAGCGGCGCCAACCCAAGAGGCUCUACAUUGUUAUCUUCCUCACUGUCCUCUUCUUUCUCAUCUUUGGGGUUCCCCUCAGCAUCUGGAGUUUCCUGCAGCAGUUCAGCUACAGCUUCCUGACCAACCAGGUUGUUUUCUUGCUUGCUUGCAUCAACAGCAGCAUCAACCCCUUCAUCUACUUCUUGGUGGGGAGUUGCCACAGGCACUGCUCCUUGGUGUCCCUCCAGGUCGCCUUCCAGAGAGUCUUUGAAGAGGCAGCACUCACCAUGACCUUCAGCUAA